AUGGACGCACUCUCGACGAGCACUCUCGACCCUCAUAGAAGGGGAGAGGUACUGGAAGGACACACCUUGGAAAGAUGUCUCUGCGGAGGAGUUCACUUCGUACCGCUGGCAAACAAACACAAGCUGUACAAAUUCCUCUCCGAAGCGCUGCCCGAGGAGCUGGGCCCGUCAACAAACCCUCUGUUGCGCAAAAUCACGCACAAGGAAGCAUUCAUCGAAGAUGCCGUGGCUGCCACCAAGUUGGCUCCCAUGGCCAUCAGAAUAACACCACACGUUUUGUCUCGGAUAGACUGGAACAAUCCUCUAGACGAUCCGAUCCGCAAACAAUUCAUUCCUCUCGCGAGCUGCAUCAUUCCAGACCACGAGCAUCUUAAACUCGACUCUUUGGAAGAAGAGAAAGACAGUCUCUACUGUCGAUUCUGCACCCGGUCGUACGCAGUCGGUGGAGGUACCGAUACAGUCACGAAGAGGCCACAGAAGCCAAGUCUUACACGUUGGGAGAAAGUCUUUGAGUACGUUGAGAACUGUAAAGAUCUGAAAGAUAUCGUGGUUUCUGGAGGCGAUGCAUAUUACCUGCAGCCCGAAGAUCUUCUCCGGAUGGGUCGAAGACUACUUCACAUGGACAACAUCGAACGAGUGCGAUUUGCGUCGAAGGGUCUUGCUGUUGCCCCUGGUCGGAUCUGCGAGGGUGAUCCGUGGACGGAAGCAUUGAUCGAACUCUCGAACCUUGGCAGAAGCCUAGGAAAGCAAGUCUGUCUUCACACUCACAUCAACCACCCUCGCGAAAUUACUUGGGUAACAAAGACGGCUGCCAACUACCUAUUCAAGCACGGAGUGAUUGUGCGCAACCAGUCGGUGCUCCUCAAAGGCGUCAACAACGACCCGGUCAUAAUGUCUGACCUUAUCCAAGGACUCUCGAGCAUCAACAUUCAACCAUACUACGUGUACCAAUGCGACAUGGUACAGGGUAUUGAAGAUCUCCGCACACCACUGCAGGAAAUAAUCGACCUCGACAAGCAGUUACGGGGCACACUAUCGGGAUUUAUGAUGCCAGCGUUCGUUAUCGACUUGCCAGGCGGCGGCGGCAAGCGUCUAGUAUCUACCAUGGAGUCGUAUGAGAAUGGUGUGGCAACCUAUCGGGCCCCCGGACUCCCUGGCGCCAAGGGAUCAAAAGACUACCAUUACCACGAUCCCCAGCCUAUCCCAAAUGAGGCUUGGUUAGCACUGCGAGAGCACAAAGAAGAGGCGCUUCGAAAUGGCCAGACGCUUGAGCAGGUCGCGCGUGCCAGAGAAGCUAACAAAGUGUCAGAGAACGUCUUCGAUGUUGUGCGCAGAACAGCACCCAAUCGAAUCUUUGCUCGCAACAGGUCUGAACAGAAUACUGAGACCAUCACGACACAUCAUCUUAGCAGCCUGAGCGUCAAGCCGCUCACAGCUAGCACUCACACACCGACACAUCUGUGAGGCACGUCAUCGACCACGGCCGACACAGCCGACACAAAGAUUUUUCGUUCUCAUCAUUUUUGCGCAUACAACCCGUUUUAACAUUCGCAACGGCUGGAGCACCAAGGGGUACACAAAAGUUUAGUAUUACGCAAGGAUGGACUGGUCACUGGGCAGCACAACCUGAGGAUAACAGGUUGGCCCCGGGGGAAAAGGAAUAAACGGCGUUCAGGGGGGAAUUUGCUCAGCGACUUUUUAUGCAGCCUCAACUCUCUCAACGCUCGAGUUGGGUUGCUUUAUUAUUAUCGAGAGAAGAGAAGUAGCGAUAUAAUUAAUGGAUCGUAUAUAAUUUC